UCCCCAGGCCCGAUCUCACCACUCUAAGGAGAGGAUCGUGCCCGCCAAACACAGCAUUGCGGCUCAAGAAAGUCUCCAUAGUUGUAGCAUCCUUACUACCAGCCACCAGCACCCUUUUCUGUCUGUUCCCACACGCCAACCACUCGCUAUCGCCCUGACUCAGCGCGUGAGAGAAUCUCGGAAUCGUAUCUCGUUCUUUUCACCACCAGAAACACCACCAUGACCCGUUUCAUCCCCAUAAGAUACCUUUCCAAGGCCGAGAGAUUCGUGCCUAAGUCGGGAGUCUACCCCAAGGGCUUUGUCGUGGGAGGAAUCCACGCUGGCGUUAAGAAAGAUGGCAAGUCGUUUGACUUGGCAGUGCUCAAGAACGAACACGGCAAGGGCGCAGUUGCGGCUGGUGUGUUCACCAAAAACAAGUUCAAGGCUGCUCCAGUCCAGGUGUCGUCGCGGAUCUUGAAGGAGACGGGCGGUGAGGGCAUCAACUCGCUUGUGAUCAACAGUGGUAACGCCAACGCAGUCACAGGUGCCCAGGGCCUCAAAGAUGCCCAGGACAUGGUCAAAAUCACAGACGCCGUGUUGGAAAACCCUGCCAACUCCACGUUGGUGAUGUCGACUGGUGUCAUUGGUAACACUUUGCCCAUUGACAACAUUCUUGCUGGCAUUCCCAAGUUGGCGCUUAGCCACUUGGGCAACACCCACCAACACUGGGUGGACUGUGCCACUGCCAUCUGCACCACAGACACCUUCCCCAAGUUGGUGACCAAGCAGUUCUCGUUGAACAACCACACCUACACCUUGGCAGGGUUGGCCAAGGGUGCAGGCAUGAUUUGUCCCAACAUGGCCACCUUAUUGGGAUUCUUCGUCACCGACGCGCCAGUGACUGCCAGCGCUUUGCAACAGAUUUUGAGACACUCCACUGAGCGGUCAUUCAACAGCAUCACCGUGGAUGGAGACAUGUCAACCAACGACACCAUCGUGGCUGUGGCCAACGGAGCUGCUGGAGGACCAGUAAUAGACAACACUGCCGAGAGCGCCCAGUCAUUUGCAGCCCUCCAGGCGGAAAUCACCGGGUUUGCCCAGCAGUUGGCGCAAUUGGUGGUCAGAGACGGAGAGGGUGCCACAAAGUUCAUCACCAUCAACGUGAAGGACGCUCUUUCGUACGCAGACGCCAAAGCCAUUGCCAGCUCGGUAGCCAACUCAUCAUUGUUCAAGACCGCCAUGUACGGCCAGGACGCCAACUGGGGCAGAAUCUUGUGUGCCAUUGGAUACUCGGACGUGGCUUCGGAAGACUCGGUGAUUCCCGCCAAAACUGACGUCUCCUUCAUUGCCACUGACGGUUCGCCUGCAUUGAAGUUGCUUGUGGGCGGUGAGCCAGAAGUGGUUGAUGAAGAAAGGGCUCUGGAGCUUUUGAAAAAAGAGGACUUGGUGAUUGAAAUCGACUUGGGCACCGGUGGCGGCCAGGAGGCCAACAUCUGGACCUGUGACUUCUCGCACGAGUACGUCACCAUCAACGGUGACUAUAGAAGCUAGGAUCAAGCUCAAGAUCCCCAAACACGAAAUUGACAGCUUUAGUAGGUCAACUGCUUAUUAUCAGAAGUUAGAAAGACUCCUAAUACAAGUAUUCGAAUAUUCCCCGACAAUAGUAGUGCUGGUUAUACAAAU